AUGGAAAACAUUUCCAAGGAGAAGAAUCCAGAACAGAUACAACUACACAGGAAAGUGGGAGGGAUACCCCAAAAGAAUAAUUCCCAGGAAGAAGAAGCUUCUAAAAACCAGAAGAGAACGGGGAAACAAAAUGCCAAAAACUCUGGAUCCAGAAGAAUAAAGUCCAUCGUGCCGCAAGGAAACUCCAAGGAACAGCCAAUUCAGCAAAGAAAGCGAGUGUCCAAGAAACAGCAUCCGUGUCCUGAUUGUGGGAAAAUCUUCAACAGAACCUCUGCUCUCAGCGCCCAUCAGAGAGUCCACACAGGCGAAAAGCCCUACAAGUGCACUGAAUGUGAGAAGAACUUCAGCAAGAGUUCACACCUCAUCGCUCACCAGAGAAUCCACACAGGAGAAAGACCCUACACUUGUUUGACUUGUGGGAAAAGUUUCAAUCACUCUUCCCAUGUGAUUAUCCACCAGAGAACUCAUACAGGGGAGAAACAUUACAAGUGUUUAGAAUGUGGGAAAAACUUCCGAUACAGUUCUGAUCUCAUCAGGCACCAGAUUGAACAUGCAGGCGAAAAACCCUUCCGGUGUUCGGACUGUGGGAAAUGUUUCAAUCGGACCUCCAACCUCCUUAUCCAUCAGCGGAUACACACAAAAGAGAAACCCUACAAAUGCCUUGAAUGUGGGAGAAACUUCAGUUACAGCUCAGUCCUUAUCAGGCACCAAAGAGUGCAUACCUCUGAGAAGCCUUUUAAAUGCCCUGACUGUGGGGAAGGUUUCCAUGUGAACACAAGCCUUCUUACACACCAGAGAAUACAUACAGGAGAGAAACACUAUUCAUGCUCGGAGUGUGGGAAAAGCUUCAGGUGGAUAUCACAUUUAAAUAGGCAUCAGAAGAUCCACACUGUAGAAAAGUCUAUAUAA